AUGCCAGAGCAGGGAUCUUGUUUCUGGUUGUUCUCCCUUGAGCUGUGCCCAAGAAACAAGAGAUUAUUAUUGAUUAGGAUGGCAGCCUCCCAGCCGGCCGACGCCGAAUCGUUCGAGUACAUGCUGCUGGAGAAGGACCCCGAUCACUACCGGACGGUCUUCUCCGGCCCGAGCCAGAUAAGCCCGUGGAUCGACCCGGCGGUGCUGAAUCUGAAGCACCGGAUAGGGCGAGGCCCCUUUGGGGACGUCUGGAUAGCCACGCACCACCAGAGGACGGAGGACUAUGACCGGUACCACGAGGUCGCUGUGAAGAUGCUGCACCCGGUCAGGGACGACCAGCUGCAGGUGUUCUCGGCGAGGUUCGACGAGGUGUUCGGCAAGUGCCAGGGCCUGGGCAAUGUCUGCUUCCUACAUGGCAUCUCGACGCAGAAUGGGAGGCUUUGCAUAGCGAUGAAGUUUUACGAAGGAUCCGUCGGGGACAAGAUGGCUCGGCUUAAAGGUGGAAGGCUCCCUUUGUCAGAUGUUUUAAGAUACGGCGCCGAUUUGGCGCGUGGUGUGCUAGACCUACACUCCAGGGGAAUAUUUGUUCUUAAUCUCAAACCUUGCAAUUUUCUCCUUGAUGACCAUGACCAUGCUGUGCUGGGGGAUUUUGGGAUUCCAUCCUUGCUGUUUGGACUGUCGCUGCCAAACCCAGAGCUUAUCCAAAGACUUGGAACUCCAAAUUACAUGGCCCCAGAGCAGUGGCAACCAAACAUCAGAGGUCCAAUUAGUUACGAGACAGAUUCAUGGGGCUUUGCCUGCAGCAUUCUUGAGAUGUUCACUGGCGUUCAGCCUUGGCGUGGCAAAUCACCAGACGAGAUUUAUCAGUUGGUUGUCCUGAAGAAAGAGAAACCGAUAUUCCCGUACAACUUACCUGCAGAGGUUGAGAAUGUCCUUCCUAGCUGCUUCGAGUAUGACUUUCGGGAUCGCCCCUUGAUGUCAGAUAUCUUACAAGCAUUUGAAAGUGCUAAAGAUGUGGAUUAUGACAACAAUGGCUGGGACAGUUCUGAAAACCCAAGGGCAGUAGCACCAAGUCACACUAACUGGUCACACUUCAAGGAUAAGCUGCAAGUUGGGGACAAGGUCCGCUCGAGAAAGGUUAAAAACUCUUGUACUCCUGAAACAAUGGAAAUCCCUGAUGGGACCAUAGUUGGCAUGGAGGAUGGAGAACGUGAUAGCAACAUUCUUGUACGAGUCCAUGCAAUACAUGACCCUUUGAAGGUCCGUUCCUCGACAGUGGAGAGGGUGACCUAUGGUUUCGCUGCCGGAUACUGGGUAAGGCUCAGGGAGGAAGACAAGAAGCGGUCUGAGGUCGGAAUUCUUCAUAGCAUCGACCGCAAUGGCACCGUGUAUGUUGGUUUGAUAGGAAUGGACACCCUCUGGAAGGGGGAAUAUUCAGAUCUGCAAAUGGCCGAAGCCUACUGUGUGGGACAAUUUGUGAGGCUGAGAACCAACACUUCAAGCCCGCGGUUCGAAUGGCAGCGAAAGAGAGGCGGGGUGUUUGCCACAGGCCGUAUUUCACAGAUACUCUCGAAUGGAUGCCUUGUUGUGACCUUCCCUGGCAAGUUGAGCCUUGGCGAAGUGUGCAGCUGCUUGGCCGACCCUUCUGAGGUGGAGGUGGUGAGCUUCGACAAGUGCGAGGGGGUUGUGAAGAAGUAUGAGCACCUCGAGGACUUCCAUUGGGCGGUAAGACCUCUGUUCAUCGCCAUAGGUUUCUUUACUGCUAUGAAGCUAGGUGUGUUCGUCGGGAAGAGCAUCACAAGGCCAAGGAGUCGAAAGGUCGCCAGCGUCUCCGAUCAGGGUGCCGAUCCUCAGAAAGUUCAGCAGCAAGAAGUGCACAACAGUGUCGGCACGGCAUGGCUCCCUCCACCCGUCGCAAACAUGCUUUUCAGGGACGGUCCUGCGCCUUCUGGGUAA